CCUGACCUUUCUGAUACACAAACUGCUAGAACAAUGCUAGACUGCACAAACAUGCUGGCAUAACUAGCUUCGUUCCAUUACCCUGUUGAAUGUUUCGACACCCGUACCAAAAGAUUGAGCAAGAGGUAUCUAUAUAACCCAUCCACAUUCCCCGUGAGCAUAAGAAAACAAUGCCAUCUUCGCCAGAAGAAUCAGAUACUGAGGCCAUAAAACGCUUUGCUGUCUAUGACGAUGUAUUCCUUAAAAUUGCUUCCUUCGGUCGCUGCCAGAAGCUGCUGUUCUUUUGUUGUGGAAUUCUGAAUAUCACUCUUGGGACCCAGUUUGGUCUGCUAGUGUUUGCCAUGGGCACACCCUCUUUCAGUUGCACCACAAGUAAUGCGACUUGCCCUGUGCGUAAGUGCUGUGAGAACUGUACAAGUUACGAGUUCAGCAAAGAACAGUUUACCUCAGUUGCGACAGAGUGGAAUCUAAUUUGUGAUCGUGCCCAUAUUGCUGCAUCCCUCCAGUCCUGUUUUUUCUCUGGUAUGGCAGUCGGCUCGCUACUGGGUGGUCUGAUUUCGGACGCUUUCGGACGGCGAUUGUGUAUGUUUCUCAGUUGUGGAAUUUUGGUGAUAUCAGGAGUAGCCGCUUCUUUUGCUGACUGCCUGUCCCUGCUUGGUCUACUUCGUUUCUGCAUCGGCUUCUCCCUCGCCUCCUUCAUGCUAUCUUCUUAUAUCUACAUGAUCGAGCUGAUCGGUCCACAGUAUCGGACCAUGGGCGGGCAGAUUAGUCACGUGUUCUACUCCCCAGGCUACUGUCUGACGGCCCUGAUAGGGUACUUUGUAAGGGACUGGCGCUACUUGAAUAUGACGUGCUGUCUUCUACCCGCGUUUUUCUUCCUGACUUGGAAAGUUUUCCCCGAGUCUGCGAGAUGGCUCAUUGCCAAUAACAGGUUGGAUGAGGCACUUCAGGUCCUUUCUCGUUAUGGGUCUCGGUCAGGAUCUGACUCUGUUGACCUUGCGGCACUGAAAGAGGUCAUCAAAGACAUCCGGCGGGAUCAAAUAGAACGGGAGCAGCAUGCUAAACGAACUUCGGUCCUCGACCUCCUGAGGACCCGCAAACUGCGCAAAAGGACUCUGAUCUUGGCCUUUAAUUGGUUUGUCGUGGCUCUCGUCCACUUUGGUUUCUAUCUGUACGUGACAAGCCUCGCAGGGAAUGUGUAUGUCAACUUCGUCAUCAUGAACAGCAUCUACAUUCCACACCUUUUCUUCUGCUGGUUCCUGAUGCACAGAUACGGUAGGCGUUUCCCUUACAGCUCCUAUAUGUUAUCGGCAGGAGCGGCAAGCCUUCUCAUCCUUGCUGUCUUUAAAGCCUAUCCUGUUGGUGCGACGGUUCUGGCGAUCAUCGGCAAGACUCUGAUCACCACAGAAUUCUCCAACAUCUAUCUGUUCACCUCGGAACUCUACCCAACAAUACUAAGGAAUACCGGGAUAGGCGCCGGCUCGAUGAGCGCUCGUCUGGGUGGAAUCCUCGCACCCUACAUCGUCAUGACGUCCCAGCUUCCCGGAGUCAGUCUUACUCUUCCCGUCACCAUAUUUGGAGUGAGCGCGGUGAUUGCUGGGAUAUUGUCGCUAUGGUUACCGGAGACUCGGUACAUCACGCUACCGCAGACCAUCGAAGAAGUGGAGACGGUCAAGGAAGAUUACAGUCUUCCUUGCCGCGCGCGACACAGGAUACCCGACGAACCUGUUAUGAUAGAGCUUGAAAAGGGUGAAAGCAUGAUUACAAACACUGCGCUUUGAGGGCAAAAAGCACAUGCAAGUAAAUAUAUCUAGUAUAAUCACUGAUAUAGAUUAAAAGAGGACUUUAGGAUAUAGCUUUGGAUACUGUUUGGCCUUAUCAAAAACUAUAAAACCGCGGUACGGACGGGGUUUGCCCUAGUGGUCCAGACAAUUUGCAAUGUCGGACCGCAAAAAGGACAAGCCGCUCCAUGUAGAGCAUCGAUAAAAAGGGGGGCGUUUCAGCCCUAGUUAUCUCAAGAUCAUGUUGUAAGUCCGGGGGUAGGGUGGGGGCGACUCUCGUCUCCAGGAAAGUAUACGGGUGUGAUCUUUUAGGGUAUAAUAUUUCGAGCAACUGCUAUUCCUUAUGGGGUGUUUAACGGUUUUUCCGAUUCUGCUAUCUCUUAGGGUUAAAAAUUCCUUCUAUCACACCCAAUUUGCUGUUGUCUUCCUAGCAAAGUACCAAUGCGGCCAUUUCCAUCAGGUGCCUUGCGGUCUUAAAAUUACACGUUCAAAAAGUGUUCUCUUUUUUAAUUCGCUUUAAAUGAUCCUCCCCCCCGAUGUAUUUGUAAAAAGAUGACGUUUCUUUUUAUUUUUUAUUUUACAGAAGUCCUACCCUCUUUAUGCAUCCGUGCGGGGGAUAUAUAGCAUUUGUGCAUUUGAUCUUAUCAACAAACCAAAUACACGAACAUAGCGGCGACUUCGGAAUUUUAUGCUCCCGCUCAGUUCCGAGUCAUUCAGAGCAUACAUUUCCAUCGGCUAAUCUAAACGAGUAACUAAGAUAUUUUCAAACAAAUAUUGUCAAAAACUUAUCAGACUUUAUUCGUAGAUUGAUAUUUUAUAGUUUUCUUGCAAAUAAACCGGGUUAUAUUUUUCAUGAUAAACAUACUAAGGAGUGGUUGAUCGCAAUUCUUUAGAGUUGUCAGUAAAACAGUACGCUUGUUCGAGGAUCUGGAAUUGGAUAUUUUCAAUGUACAUCAUUGGUUUUUGAUAACAUAAGUCAAACCUUUUAGAAAUUAAAACCAAUAAUCUUGAUGAUAUUAUAUUUAUCAUCAAUGGUGUCUUUUUCAUCUCAAAUAAAAAUCUUUAUAUCUCCUUAA